GUUGAUAUCUGAUGCCAAACUAAUGUGGGACUGCUCGAUCGGACAUUGUUAUUUACAUGCUAAUUUGUGUUGGGCAGUAUGCUUGGGAAAGUGGAAAUGAAGGAAGAAAAGGAUUUUAAAGAGGUUGUUUCAAAGAAGAAUAAGAAAAGGAUAAAGGCGGCUGUCCCACGCUGCUGCCUUGACGGAGAUGGCGUUCGCGGUGGCUGUCCCACGCCCGAGACCCAUCCUCCGUCUGGACCGUCUCCACCUCACCCCCAUCCGCGCCGCCGCGGCAAGAACCCCCGUUCCCCAGCCCCUCCCCGACGAGCUUCAGCUCGUCGCCGACGUUCGCUCCCCGCAUAACCACAUCCGCGUCGCUGACGUCUCCCCGCGCGCUGCCGGCCACCCCCUCGCCGGCGCGCGCCUCCUCCUCCUCGACGGCCCCGGCAACAUCCACUCCGUCUCCUUCCCUCGUCGCCCCUAUUGCCCCCUCACUUCCACCUACUUCGACGUCUUCACCACCCUCCCGCCUCUCCUCCCGCGCCCAUCCCUCGCCGUCCUCGGCUUCGGCGCGGGCUCCGCCGCCCGCGCCCUCCUCCAUUUCUACCCGGACAUAUCCGUCCAUGGCUGGGAACUCGACCCCUCUGUCAUCGCCGUCGCCCGGGACCUCGGGGAGCUCGAAAAGGACCACGCCGGCAGGCUGGUCAUCCACGUCGGCGACGCGCUGGAGGCUGAGGUCGUGCCGGGAGGCUUCGGCGGCGUGCUGGUGGAUCUGUUCGCCAACGGGAGCGUGCUGCCGGAGCUCCAAAAGGCGGACGCCUGGCGCCAGAUAGGCGGGAUGGUGGCGCCGGGAGGGAGGGUGAUGGUGAACUGCGGCGGGGGCUGCGUGGAGGCGGAGGAGGAGGGGAGAGACGGCGAGGCAGUGAAGGAUGCGACGCUGCGGGCGAUGGCAGCAGCGUUCGGGGAGGGAAUGGUAGCGGUGCUGAGUGUGGAUGAAAGUUCGGUGGCGAUGACAGGGCCGGUGGUGCGGGCAUCGGAGGAGGCGGCGGCGUGGAAGGCUAGGCUGCCGCCGGAGCUGGGCCACUACAUUGACAUGUGGAAGCUGUACAAUGGCAAUGGUGAUACAUGAAUAGAUGGGGAUUAUGCAGUGGUUCUCUAUGCAAGAAUGCACAGUGAUUUCUUCGGCCUGUCGUAUCGAUCCGUUAUCGCUUGAAGUUUCGGCUAGCUAGCUAACUGGUAGUGUGGGUGGUGCAGCAUGGGUCUUCAGAGGAAGAUUCUUCUGCCCGAGAGAGCCACCAUACAGGUGGACGACGCUGGAACUCUGCAGCCGCUGAAGAUGAAGCGGCCGCGUGAUGGUGAGGACGAAGGUGACUCGGGGCCGCUGACGCCGACGGCGAACGGCGCAGGGACCGCGCCUCCGCGCUGCCCGCCGGCACCGCCGAAGAAGCCGAGGCUCGUGCUGGGGUGCAGCCUGGACGGGUUCAAGGUUCUGAGCGUCGUGGACUUGCGUUGCUUCCUUCGUUGACGAGCCACCUUGUUUGUUUGUUUGUUUGUUUGUUUAGUUAGAGAAGAGAGGGGAUUUUGUUUUGGUGUCUUUGUGCUCUUCAACUGUUCUUUUUAACCGGAAUAAGCCUCAAAUCUAACUUUGCAUUGUGGGCUGCUAUGCUGAAGCGGCCGCGACCUUAUUACAGUAAUUAUCACUGAAACUGAGCAGUUCAAAUC